AUGAACUCAAUGCCCACAACUUACGACUUCCACUCCAUCAGCCCGACAGCCCUGGAGUCCAACUCCUUAUUCGGAGAGCACGACAUGUCUUCUGAGAUGCAUGGCAACCCAGCCAACAUGUGGAGUAGUCUGUCACAGCCUGCAUUCGACGGCGGCCUGGAAAAACUCCUCAACAAUUGUGGCACAUCGAUGGAGCGAUACGGUCAAGUGACACCGCCAGAUGACGCGAACUUGCACGAAAUGACAAAGUCUUUCGGCAAGAGAGCUGACUCUGGGGCCUCCGGGAUGGAAGUUGACGACGCCUCGAGUAUGUCUCCUCGCAGUUCCAUGUCCAACAAGCGACCCUCAGUAAGAUCAUCCCAGAAGAGUCGGAAAGAGAGUCGGGCAUCAGAAGAUGGCUUGACGGGCGACAAGAAAGAUAAAUACCGAGAGAAGAAUCGCGUCGCUGCGGCUAAGUGUCGCGCGAAGAAGAAGGAACACACCGACCAACUCGAAGACACCUUCCGUACGCAGAGCGCAAUGAACAGCGCACUGAAACAGACCGAGAAGUCUCUGCGUGAUGAGUUGUCGUACUGGCGUACACAAGCACUACAACACACCUUCUGCAGUUGCCACCCCAUCCAGGAAUACAACAUGAGGAAAGCCCAGAGCAUGACAUUUGGCACCAACUACGGCGCAACAUCUUCUCCAGUCAUUGCAGAUGGUCGUUCGUCAUUCAGUCAGAACCAUAUGCGGUCAGCCUCCGCUGCCGAUAUGGCUUCUCCUGUGAUGAGCGAAGUAAGUGGCAAGACACCUUCGGUGAUCUCUAUGUCGGGCGCGCCCGAUUCAGAGCUUAGGGACGUGACCAGAAGACAGUAG